AUGGCCGCGUUGUUCACGGCGAAGCUAGGGCGUCAGGCGUCCGGGUACCUGCAGGACAAGUACAAGCAGGCGAGGCUGGCCCUCGGCGACGUAACUCCGGCAGAGCUGGCUGUGCAGGAGGCGACCAACGACGACGCGUGCGUCCCGGACGCCAAGACGCUGGCGUCCAUCGCGGAGGCGGCCUUCGACAUCGACGACUACUGGCGGAUCGCCAACGUGCUCCACCGCCGCCUCGGCUGCGUCCACGACUGGAAGGAGUGGCGGCCGGUCUACAAGGCGCUCGUCGUCCUCGAGUUCCUCCUCACCCACGGCCCCGAGGAGCUCCCCGGGGACUUCCUCCCGGACAUGCAGGCCCUGCGCGACCUCCGCGGCUUCACCUACACCGACGACAAGGGCUUCGACUGGGGCGCCUCCAUGCAGCGCCGCGCCGACAGCGUCGUCGGCCUCCUCACCGACGCCGACCGCCUCAAGGACGCGCGCCAGAGGGUCCGCUCCCUGUCCUUCUCCCACGACGGCGGCGCCGGCAGCCCCACCUCCUCCGUCGCCUCCUCGGGCUCCUCCCGGGCCUCCCACGGCACCUGGUCCUUCGCCUCCUCCUCGCCGCACUACUCCGAUAGCCCCACCUUCGUCUGCCUCUGCGGCCCCAACGUCGACUACCGCCAUGACAAGAAGUUCGACGCCUACACCGCCGACGACAAGCGUGAUCUCGUCGACGACCAGGAGGUCGACGACUACCCUACUCCGCACAGCCAAGGAAGCUGGCUCGAGGAAUCGGCCUCCUUGUCCGGCUCCCCGGUCAGCUGCGGCAGCGCCAGAAGCGCCGGCGGUGGCAGGAGGGCGUCCGGCUUCAAUAGCUUGUCUCAGCCUGAGAGAAGGAACAGCAGCAAGAAGCUCCAGCGCCAGCUUUCCUUGCACUAUUAA